AUGGAGAGCACGGUUUAUAGUUCGUUUUUGGACACAAAAUGCACUGCGCUGAGGGAAAAAAUUCCAGUCAGGCUACAAAAGGAUAUUGAAAAUGAAUUGGCAACUUUAGAAAAAGAAAGGAAAGAAGGAAUCCGAUUGGACCAACAGAUUCAUGAGGCUGAAGAAGAGUUGGAACAAAUUCAAGGUAAAAUUAAAAAGUUCUCAGAAAAUAGAGAAUUUAUAAGUUCAAUUUCGAUUUCAGAGAAAAAGCUUGAAAUUUCUAAUACUCAAUACCAAGAAAUCUUAAAUGAAAACCAGCUGUUAAGAUCACAAGUUGAUGCAUUACGGCAAAACAUACUCUCAUAUGAGAGAGUUAUUAAAACCGCUGAAUCAGAUAUUGAAAAAUACUCUAAAUUGUCUUCAACAAAAAAUAGCACCAUUCAAAAAUUAAAAGAGUCAGAAGAACAAAAUCAGCAACAACUGACCAUCUUAAGGUCGAAAAGUGCAAGUGCUAGAGAAAAAUUUGCAAGUAAAAUAUGGUUUUUUAAAUUAAAUUUUGCAUAAUUAUUUUCUCAAUAUAUUUUUUAUAUAAAUAAAUCCAACGCUUAAAUUAAUCAAAUUCAGAAUAACUAACCUUGCCUCAAUUAUACAAAAUGAGGAGCAACACAAGUCCCAAACACUGAAAAACAUAAAAGAAAGUUUAAAUAUUCAAAUGUUUCGACCUCUUAACAUGCUAGACAACACCAAAGUUGUAAGUUCUUUGAUACCAAAGUAUCAAAGCCAAAUAAUUGCUAAACAAGGAGAAAUAGAUGACUAUAUCGAACAAGUCCAUGAGCUAGAAACUGCUUUAAGAGCCAUAACUGAAGCCACUGGCAUAACUAGUAGCAGCGAGGUUGUGACACAGAUUUUGAAAUCAGAAGAGCAAAUAGGAUCUGUUACAAAAUAUUUAAAUGAACUAAAUGCAGAAGCUGACAUACUUCUAAAAAAUCUUGCCUUUAUGUUUUUAUUUUUAAUGCAGAAAGGCAUGACUGCGAGUUUUAAUAAAAAAUCGGCGAGUGGCAGAUCUGAGACAGUAGAAAAACAAUUGCAAAGGUCAAUAGAAAGCAAUAAAGACCUGAAUUAUAGAUAUGCUCAAGUGCAAUUCCAUAUAAACCACUCAUUUACUCUGAUAAAAGUAAUUCUUAGUUAGCAAAUGAGUAAAAAGUGCAAAGAAACUCCAAUCCAGCUCCAAAUUCAUACAAAUCCACCAAUUGUGGCUCAAGAAACAUGCGAAGAAAACAUUUGUUUUCUCUUAAGCCAGAUUGAGGAGUAUAUUUCAUAUUUUCAGAUGAUUAUUUCUAAUUUAUCUUAUCCUAGGCCGCUAACUCCGAUGAAGUUUCAUAGUCCUCAAAAGACAGUUCCAAGGUUAAAUGUGAAAUUUAUUUAGCUAAUUUUGGAGUCUAAAGACCUUUAUCAAGAAUCUGAUUCUGAGGAUGCAAAAAGUCCUAAAAGUCUCGAAUUUAUGAAAAACAGAGCAAAAAGAAUAUAUUUAGCUUAUACAGAACGCAGAACUACAAGUAAUAAUCACUCUCCAACGAAAAGUGAUUUUAUUUCUUCCAGAACUUCUAAUUUAGAAUCGCUUAAAAGUGCAAGGUAA